AUGACUUCGGUGGUCUACACCGUGGUCUACACCGUGGUCCACGGAAGCAGCUAUAUUUUAAUAACGCAUACAUCUGUAUUAGAUCUCAGAUACUCACACAUUAAGUUCGACAGAAUGACACUCGACGCAAGCCCAAGUGUAAAGAGACCAUUACAUGCACCAAUUCAGACCGCAGAUGAAUCAUACAACUAUCAGAAUCGACUCGGAACUAUGGGUAUGAGGAUCAGACAGAGCGUCGACCAAGGAUACAAGCUGCCAGCGGAGAAAGCGGGGCACAGCGGCCAGUUGCAGCAAGCUACGUCUUCUAAUGGUUACUCGGAUGCUUGCAUUCAGGAUAAUUCGACUGUGACGAUCCCAGAGUAUAAGCGCGUUCCCUUACCAGCACAACGUACGGCGCCAAUGCUGGUGAAUCAACGCACAGUAUCUUCGACCUCGUCGCUGGAGAUGUGGGAGGACAGUCUCGACCAGAGGUUGAGCAUGAUUGAUGGCGAUAUCAUGAGAAACAAGCUGGGCGCGGGCGACCUCGAUCUUAUGUUUAGCAACAACAAGAGAAACUGGCAACAGGCGGAUUUUUAA